ACAAAUCCCGGGAAUUCACACCGGGACAGGCGGGAAUGCCGGGAAUUCACACCGGGACAGCCCCAGGAUCUCAUGAGGAUCCUGAAAAAUCCCGGGAUUUCCCACAGGGAUCCACCAAAAUCCUGGGAAUUCACAAAGGGGAGCCCCAAAUCUCGGGAUUUCCCACAAAUUUCCCUGGAUUUGUUCCCCCAGCCCCUUUUCCCAAGGAAUUUCCUGGGAAUUUUGCUGGGUUUCUGCUCCCAGCCCCUUCUCCCAGGGAAUUCCUUGGGAAUUCUGGCGGAUCCGUGUCCGAACCCCGGGAAUUCCCUGUCCCCUCCCAGGCCAUGAUGGAGCAAUCCAAGAAAUCCUCGCUGGUGGUGGCCCGGAGCAUCCUCAACAACAAACUCAUCAGCAAAAAGCUGGAAAAGUACCUCAAGGGGGAAAAUCCCUUCACAGAUGAUCCCGAGGAAAAGGAGGAGCACGAGGAAGGGGAAGGAGCCACGGAGGAAAAUCCCGAGGAAAAUCCCGAGGAAAACCCCCAGAAUCCCGAGGAAAACCCCCAAAAUCCCGAGGAAAACCCCCAGAAUCCCGAGGAAAAUCCCCAAAAUCGCCAGGAAAGCCCCGAGGAAAAUCCCAAAAAUCUCGAGGAGAACCCCGAGGAUCCUGAGGAAAACCUCGAAAAUCCCGAGGAAAAUCCCGAGGAAAACAAAAACCCCGAGGAAAUUCCAGCAGCUACAGCCCAGGAAAGGGGAACAGGGACAAAUCCAGAGGCAGAAAAGGCAGAAAAUUCCCAAAAUGCCGAGGAAUUCCCGGAGGAAUUCCCAAGGGAAGAGCAGCAGGAUGAAGAGGAAAGCUCCGGAAUGCUCCAGGAGUGAAUUCCCAACGGGAAAAGGACCCAAAAUAUUCCCUGGAUGUGUCGGAUCCGUGUCCGUGGAUGUUCCCCGUUCCCAGCCCCAAAUCCCAGGAAUUCCCAGGGAAAAGAGGGAAUUCUUUUGGAAUUUUUUCUUGGGAACUCCUGGGAAAAAGAGGGAAUUUUGUCGAGGUUUUUUUUUUUUUUGUUGUUUGUUUCUUUGUUUGUUUUUGGGAAUUCCCGGAAAAAAAAAAGAGGGAAUUGUGUAGAAUGAAUUUUAUUUUUUGGGGGGAAUUUUUUUUCUACCGGAUCUCCCGAAGUUUUGCCGUGAUCCCGUUUAUUUGGGUUUUUUUCCAGGUGGAUUUGUGGGAAUUUUUCCCCUCUUCCCUCGGGAACGGGGAUUUUUCCAGGUGGGACAAGGCUGGGAUUUGUCCCCCUCACCUCGCCGAGGUUUUCCCAGGAUUUCCUGUGGCUGUGGAUCCCCCUUUUCCCAAUGUUUUCCUGCUGUUUUCCCGUCGUUUUUCCCGACUUUCCCGCUGUUUUUCCCUCCCCUCUCGGAGCGUUCGGUGCCGUUGUGUCCGUUGUGAAACGGGAGAAUUCCCGAGGUUUUUGUGGAUUUUAAAGGACUCAUCCUGAGGUUA